ACAAAUCGAAGACCCAAAUUUGAAUUUCCUUCUUCGUUUUACAAAAACCAAAACAUUCAAUUGGAAGGAAUUCAAUGGCAAAUUAAAUUAAAUCACGUUAUUUUAUUUAGUGGAAAAAAGAAUAAGAAUUUGGAAAUAAUAAUGCAAUAAAUUGAUGGGAAAAAAAAAACUCCCGCUAUCAACUAUAAUUUGGCGGAAACCACAAAUAAGUUAAACAAAAAAUGACAGGGACCCACCACAAAUCUGUCCUUCAUUUUUUUUAUUUUUUAUAGUUGCUUUUUAAUUAUGUACUCCCUCCGUUUCGUAUUAAUCGUAACUCUAGGGUGUUCACAAAGUUUAAGAAAAUAUAUAGGGUGGAGCCAAAAAGAAGAUUUUUUUUAUAAUAUAAAGUAUUGUUGGUAGGAGAGAGAAAUAAUAAAAAAGUAGUAUAAGUGGGGUUGAUAGGAAAGAGAAAUAAUAAAAUAUUUGUGAAAGUAGGGUUAGUGGGAAAGAGAAAUCAUAAAAUAAUGAUGAGUUAUUUUCAAAUAUAAAAGUGUUGCAAUAAUAUGAAAUAAAUGUAAAAAGAAAGUGUAGCAAUUAAUACGAAACGGAGGAAGUAGUGCUGUACACAUGGGGGGCCCACACUUACUUGAGACCUCAAAGAACUUUAAGGUAGAAAAAUUCUCUUACUAAGGGUCUUUUCUAUUGAGCUUAAUUUCAUUUCAGUUUAGUUUAGUUCAGUUUAGUUCAGCUCCAAUCAGUUCAGUUCAGUUCUUAUGCUAAUUUAUUUGUUUAUAUGAUUUAGCUAAUGAUAUUGUUAAUGACAAUUAGUUUAGGCAUGCCUUUGGGUCGAUCUUUUUAAGGUUAUCUUUAUGUCUAAUGAUAUUGCUAAUGAUAAUUAAAGCCAAAUUUCAUACUUUUUAGUAUAUAUUACAACGACAACGACGACGACAACAACAACAACAAUAAUAAUAAAUAAUAAUAAUUGUUCAAAUGGUUAUAAUGGAAGUGCGUAGUUUUGGGUCUUUGUUUCCUUUUUUUUUUCAUUUUUUUAUUUUUGGAUAUUUUCUUCGUUUGUUUUUUUUUUGGUUUGUUUUUAUUCAUUUUUUAACAGCCAAACUAUUACAGUAGAUUAAUUCACAGGCAUUAAUUAACAUGAAAAUAAAAAAUUUUAAAAAAAAAGAAAAACUAUUAGUGGAUUAAUUUUGAACUUUAAUUUAUUUUUCAUAAUUAGUAGUGGAUUAAUAUCAUUACUAAUCCAUAGUUAAAAAUGAUUAAUCCAUUGUCAAAUAUUUCAGUUCAGUUCAGUUCAAUUCAGCUCAAAUUAGUUCAGUUUAGUUCAUUUUAGUUGUUUCCAGUAAAUCGAAACAAGUCCUGAAAUGCUCUUACUUGAGUCCUAGAGAACUUAAACUAGUAGAGAUAGAGAAAUUCUCCAUUUCAAAGUAGUAACAUGGUACAACUUCCGAGCCACGUACUAAUCGUGUAAAUUAAAAAGCUGUAGGGGUGAUCACUAAAAAACAUUACCAUCUUGGUACAGACAGACAACAGCUGAACAUCACUUUCAUAAUACACCACCACCCAAAAAAUAUAAAAAAAAUUAAAAUUCACCCUUUGCACGUGCUCCUCACCAAUUUCCCCACUAUCUUCCUUCUCCUCCAAAAAUACACUAAAAAAAUCAAAAUUUAAAAAAAAUACAAGUAUUAAAAAAACAAAAAACAAAAAACACAAUUCAUUUCUUCCUCCUCCCUCUUCCUCCUCCUCCUCUUAGCGUGCGCAUCACAUCAAAUCACCAAAAUUCAUUCAAACCCCAACUCAAAUUCCCCCAUCACAUCACCAUUAUGUAGCUAAGCUCAGCUCAGCUUAACUACACUCACUUUACACUCCAUUGAAGACCAAUUUCACAUUUUAGAGAGAGAAACAACUUCUAGAGAGAGAAACUGUUUGUUGUUUGUGUGAAGAUGCAGAUACAGAUGCAAGCUUACAACAGACUACCAAGCAGCGGUCAUACGACGCCAUCUCCGCCGCAAUCUCCGUCAGUAAGGUCGCCGAGGUACCGCCAUGGAAGGUCUAAGCAAGGUCGACCUGGACCUCCACCUCCCAGAACAAUGGCGCAUCGUUUGGCUUACUUGGUUUUAUCAGUUUUGUUGAGGAGACAAGGGAUUUUUUUAUUUGCGCCGUUAAUUUAUAUUUCUGGGAUGUUAUUUUAUAUGGGUACUGUUUCGUUUGAUGUGGGUCCUGUUAUUUCGCAUCAUCCUGCUCCUGGGUCUGUUUAUCGGAGUCCGCAGUUAUAUUCCAAGCUUCGGCCGGAGAUGGAUGCUGAUAAUUCUACUGCUGAUGCGAUAUCAACUAUUUGGAAAAAUUCCUACAAGGGUGGUGAGUGGAGACCAUGUGUAAACAAGUCUACUCCAGGAGGCUUGGCUGAUUCAAAUGGUUACAUUUAUGUUGAGGCAAAUGGUGGCUUGAAUCAGCAGAGAGCAUCGAUAUGCAAUGCAGUUGCUGUGGCAGGCUAUCUCAACGCCACACUUGUUAUUCCAAAUUUUCAUUAUCAUAGCAUCUGGAGGGAUCCUAGUAAGUUCAAUGACAUAUACGAUGAAGAGUAUUUCAUGAGUAUGUUGCAAAAUCACGUACGUGUGGUCAAUAUGAUUCCUGAUUACCUGAUGGCUCGUUAUGAUCACAAUAUGAGCAAUGUUUACAAUUUCAGAAUAAAAGCAUGGUCUACUAUUCAAUACUACAAGGACAAUGUCCACCCAAAAUUGCUUGAAGAGAAGGUUAUAAGGAUCUCUCCAUUUGCAAAUCGAUUGUCAUUUGACGCUCCUCCAGCUGUUCAACGGCUUAGGUGCUUGGCUAAUUAUGAAGCUUUGAGGUUCUCAAGCCCAAUCUUAACCUUGGGGGAAACGCUGGUUGCAAGAAUGAAAGAGCGUAGUGCAAGUAGUGGUGGCAAAUACGUAUCCGUGCAUCUUCGAUUUGAAGAGGAUAUGGUUGCGUUUUCUUGUUGUAUAUUUGAUGGUGGUAGGCAAGAAAGAUUUGAUAUGGAGGCAGCAAGAGAAAGAGGUUGGAGAGGCAAAUUUACUAAGCCUGGUAGGAUCAUUCGUCCUGGUGCCAUCAGAAUUAAUGGAAAGUGUCCACUUACACCUUUGGAGGUUGGUUUGAUGCUUCGUGGUAUGGGCUUUGAUAGAAAUACAUCUAUAUAUUUGGCUUCAGGAAAGAUAUAUGACGCUGAAAGAAAUAUGGCCCCAUUAUUUGAAAUGUUUCCUCUUUUGCAAACUAAAGAGAUGCUUGCAUCUCCAGAGGAAUUGGCACCAUAUCAGAAUUAUUCUUCCAGGAUGGCUGGUAUAGACUAUACAGUUUGCCUUCAUAGUGAAGUUUUUGUUACCACUCAAGGAGGUAAUUUCCCUCAUUUUUUGAUGGGGCAUCGGAGAUACUUGUACGGUGGGCAUUCAAAGACAAUUCGUCCGGAUAAGCGAAAGUUGGCACAAAUUUUUGAUAAUCCUAGUAUUGGAUGGAAAACAUUCAAGAGGCAUAUGCUAAACAUGCGAUCACAUAGUGAUUCCAAGGGUUUCGAGCUUAAAAGGCCAAAUGACUCUAUAUACAGUUUCCCAUGUCCUGACUGUAUGUGCCGAAUCGGUAAAUCGGAAGAUUCGAGAUCAGCGUCUGCAACGUGAUCUCCUGCCAUCAGAAUCAUAUGGAUAAUCUUUCAUGUUAAUGAUUCUGCAGAUGUGGCUAACUGCCAAAUCUUAUUUACAUUGAUUCUUUGAUUCUUUUCCCUUUUCCUUUGUGGAAAAAAAAGGGUAACACAGUUCAGUUUUGGAACUCCAACAAUUUGGUUGGAUGGUGUGGUCUGAUUAUUUGACCAGAGAAAGGCAUCACAUCUUUUUGUACAUGAUCUGGAAGUAGAAGUGACGCCACAGUAUCUUUGCAUUGAAGGAAUUGCUCUGGUAUUGACUAUACACUCGGUUGCAGCUGCUGAUAUUGCCAUUUGUUUAUCCACUAAUUUUGUCCAUUCUUUUCUUUUUUUUUUUUUCUUUUAAUUAAUUUUUUAAUUAUUGUAUAUACGAUUUGGAAUUGUAAAAUUGUACAAAGCAUGUUGGAGCUCUGUACAAGUUUUUUUGUUAUCAUCUAGAGUAAUUCAUUCUUUCAAAAUAGUGUUGUACUUGUGUGCGUGCAUCGCUUUCUGGUUUUUUUGUUUUGAGGUUAAUGUAGAUAGGUUAGGAAUUAGGCUGUGCUCCGUUGUAGAUGCAGCUCCAGCCAACUGUUGUACUCGUUCAUGUGAGUAUGAUCUCAAGAAAUUGACUGCAGAAACUCCCUAUUUGACAGUCAGAAUA